GAGAUCUGCUGAACCCUUCAUCCGCGACGGUUACUGACGACGGUUCACCAUUCGGUUAAUACCCCCUUCAUCACGAUAUGGUCCACUAUCGCGUCCACUCCUCUAAUCUUUGCUUUGAUUCUUUCGCGUCUGCGUAGUCACUCUUUGGACUGGUUUUCUUUUGUUGGAAGAAGAGAGUCGCGUUGAACCGUGGGAGUGAGCUCUGAGCUGUCACCUCCCGCUGACGUCGUACGCGUCCCGAAACCCCCGGUUGCUUUCGGUGCCAUCCGAACUCUGCUCGAGGAUCUUCGAAGUGAAUGGUUUGAUCAUGGUCAUGGACGUGGUCUGUUAAUGAGGUUGUUGAAUGCAAUCCCGACGCGACUUAUCACCCCCUUCUCCGGUGCAUACGUCUCCGAGAGACGACCGAGGUCGAGACUCUGACCGUGGUGGGAUCGUGUCGCCGGGUGAGACUCUAUUUGGGACGCCGUCUUCGACAAGGACACUUGCACAUUCGAGUCCGGAUCUCCCGCCUCUGCCAGCGUUUCCGAUAUCUGGAGCUUUGCCUUCUACACCGCCACGGACUUCGAACGACGACAAGAAAUACUUCACUGCAAGUUGGGGAUCACCAUAUCAAGCUCCGGAUCCAAGUAGUGGACGACGAGGGAUUGCGCCUGGGAACUGGACAGCGAAUAGCGACGACUUGGACGACGAGUCUUCUCCGAAUCUACGUUUCGGACUUUCUCACCUUAUACCGUCAAGGUUGCCGACCUUCCAAGUCACCCCUACCCGUCCGAGUACCCCUUCCAGUGGGGUUGUAACGGACCAGACGCCUCGCUCGUUGAACUUUGCACCCAGCAUUUUCACUAAAAGACCCGCGCGUGUCACUUCGCUGGUACCUGUUCGCGAGCAUUCACCUUUCGAGGAGGAACCGGAUUUGUGGGUGCAACAAGGCAACGAAGAAUCAAUACCAUCGUCCCCACCUUCCGACCCUCUCGCUCGAUAUCAAAGACAUAAAUCCCGAGACAGUAACCUGACUCUCACACCGGAAGACUUUUGGGAAAUCGGUCCCAUUGGAAAUCAAGUCGGCAACAUGCAUAAGUCUAGGUGGGCCAACCCUGACUCCUCGUCAGCGCCGAAGUCUAUGGGAUCGUCGGAGCCGAAGCGUCAAGAUACAAUGGAGUCGGAGAGGAAAGCCCCAGCUCUAGCUAGGUCGGAAGCACUGCCCUUACCCCGACAGGAGACGGAGUCGCCUGCUUCUUCCAAGGGCAGUAUUCAGCCGAGACAGAGGAAGAAGAUGCAAGUGAAGGGGAAGUCGUGUUUUGUGAUGCUCCCAAGCAUCCACGAUAACCGAAACCCCAUGAAAGCGGAGGAAAUUGAAGCCCGCAUGAAGCGAUUUCAAAGCCAUGGAUACGACACGCGGGGCUAUGUUGAGUAUUACAAGAGCGAUACCAUUGCGGAGCAGAGCGGUCACACACAAGAUCGUGCGGUGAUCCCAGGAUUGACUGAUGAUCAUGGCGACAAAGCCCCGGCCAAGCUCCAGGUUGUUUUCCCAGACCUAAACAGAUGGAAAUCGCAUAUGGAGGCCUUUCGAGAGGCGAAAUUGGCAGCCUUGGGCGUCACCGUUGGUGGAGAUUCACCUCAAGAGUCACAGCCGUUGUCCCGUCAAUCUUCAUCUCAAUACCGCCCCUCUCAAUUCUCUCCCCCUGUACCUUCGACCUCCGCGACUAGCAACCGGAUGAGCUUCCAGGGACCUAAUCUUCCGGCUGCAUUCACACCCGGGUCAUCCAACCAUACGUCCACGCGAUCGAUCGCAUCGCCGAUGUCGUCUCUUGGAAACCCUCGUUCUGCAAUGCAUAUGCAUCGUCAAUCGAUGUAUGCGUCUCCCACCAUGUUUUCACAGGGACAGCCGGUUUCACCCGCCCUUUCAGGCUGGCCACAGCAACCAUUCCAUGGUCAGCAGCUAUCAAGAGGCGCGUCUCCAGCCCAUUCGGGGUCUCGACCCGCCAUUCAGGACGGCAGAUCUUCCGGAUCUCCGUUCAGCCCACACGGCGAGCUCCCGGGCGGUUUUGGCUAUCCUGGAGAUUUGUUGGCAGGCGUUCAACAACGACAGCAGCAUCAUCUUCAACUGCAACAACAACAGCAGCAACACCUGAUGCAGCAGCAGGCAAAGCAACAGGCGCUGAGUGGUGUACGGUCACCCCCCGCCCUCGAAGGGGUGCCUGAAGUCGAUAACGAAGGCGAAACUGUGGAUGAGGGUUUGAAAACCCCACUGGUGAAGAAAUCAGAGCCGGAAAUCCACACGCCAAAACCCGGCCAUCGUCACAACAUCAGCGUCAAUUUAGAACGGAAUGUGCAUAGCGCAGGCUACAAGCUAAACGAUUAUAUCGCGCGGGACCUUGCUGAAGAAGUAUCUGAAGACUCGAUGGAAUCGUCGCAGACGAACGCAUUCGGACCAAGCAUACCUACUGAUCCCAGCUUGCUGCCGGUCCAUCGUCCUUCGCUUCAGGAACUGCGCUCGCCGCCAUCAGGAUUGAGCCCCGACCUACCGGAUCGCUCACACUCGACCAACGAGCUGCCGGAGCCAAAUCACGUGAAGUUCUCCUCUCUAGCGGCGACUGCGGAUUCCGAGAACGAGCGCGAUGAAAAGGAUGAAGAAAAAGAUCAUGCAACGGACGAGACGAGGACGAACCCACCACCAGGUCCACGACAUGCUCACAUGCCGUCUCAUGUGACAAGUGUUUGGAGCGAAAGCGACUCGGUCAUGGAAAGCUUGGCUUCGCAGCACAGUGAAGGACAGAAACAAUCCAACAACCACUCCAAGCAGUCUUCCGUCUCGAAAUUCAAUGUGGAAGCAAAGGAGUUCGUGUUCAACCCCAAGUCCUCAUUCAACCCCGGGAUUUUCUCUCCAGGUCUCUCGUUCCAGCCGAAAAUCGUCAAGCCAUUUGGCGGCUCCGAUAGUCCCAGUAGCGCAUUGACGCAAACCACAAAGUUCAACAUCGGUGCCCCGAGCUUCGCGCCGCGAAAUGGCGAGAGAAAUGGAGAAUUCAGCUUCACCUCGCGUGGCCCCGUCUUCAAACCGGACGCUCCGGUCUUCGAGCCGUCGAAAUCCUUCGCUUCCAACUCAUCCGUCACCGGGGACGAGAAUCGGAUUUUUACCAAUCUCGCCGAUGCCGUCAGGCCGCCGAAGAAGUCGAAGGCUGUUCCGAUUGUCAAACCCGUGUCUCGUGGAAAAUCUGCCCCAGAUGAGGAGGAGGAUGAGAAGGAGCACUUCGACGCUUUUGAUCGGCUCAGUCAGUCCGAUGCGAGGUUCAAGCGCUCGAAGCGGUGGGACGAUGGCGACCAAGUUCCACUAUUCGCAAUUCCCUCGUCGCCACCAGUUGUUGCUCAGCACCAACACAGCAUUUCUUCGUUCCAGGAGGCAAUAGAUGACAUUGACGACUCCGUUCUGGAUGGAGACAAGGUCGAACAUCAUUCGGAAACUGAGAAAGCUCCCAAGAAUGUGAAGGAAACCAAUGUUGCAGGUGAAGACGAGACCAAGACCUUGCAAGAGGCCGCAAUCCUUCAUGAUAGUGGGUUCCAGGACGGAUCGCUACAUUCGGAUCCUUCCAGACGCCUAGACGAGGCCCCAGUCGAUGUCACCGAAGAUCCAGUUGAUGUCACCGAUGUGAGGGAAGCUGUGCAGCCAUCGUUACUCGGCCACGCCAAGCAAUUCUCCCUCUCUGCUGCGGCCAAACCGUUCGAAUUCAAGCCGUUCUCACCCACCGCGCCGGCCUUUUCUCCUGGUAUUGCGAGAACGUCAGUAUCCUACCAGCCGCGGACGAGCCUCGGUGAUGAUCAUACCCCGAUUGAGAGCGGCAACAGUCAUCUCCAAUCGCCCACCGAAGUUCAUCAUCCGGCACCUGCGCUGGAACGUUACAUACCAAGCACGGAAGAUGAAUAUCACCCAUCUUUCAAUGAGAUCGACGCUGUCAUGAAACACAUGGAUGAGGAGGGCUCGGACUUCGGCGUGGAACGGGACGAAAUCUCUUAUGUGCAGUAUACACCGGAGAAGACGUCCGCCAUCGAUGUCAACCGAGCAGAUCUGCCUCCGACUCACUUCCGUAGUGAUGCUCCCAGCCCUAGUCCCCGCCGUGUCAAUUACCAGCGACAAUAUCGCGCCGACGAUGGGUCGAAUUCUGAUUCGUUUAACGACGAGCGCAACGCUAUUCCCUACGCGACACCGAUCCACAAGCUCAACGACGCUGCUGACGUUCCAGUCAGCGAUUGGGACGACAUGGUUUCUUCGACUGAAGACGACAAGCUUCACGCCCGGAGUACAUUCUUCGACAGCCACGUGGAAGAAUUGAUGAACGCUGCCCUGACGGCUCGCCUUGACCCUCUCACUCAGACUCUCGCUGCCAUUCAGAACUCAAUGGCAAGCUUUAACACCAGCCCCUACCCGCGACGUGGACGACGGGUGGUCUCUAGUGAAGCCAUCGACAGCGAUGCGGAUGAUGAAGAUGAAGAUGACGAGAUUCCAUUGGACUUGGGCCGCAGUCGCUCUCCGAGGAAAGAUCGUCGGUUCGAGAAAAUCAAGAACGUCGUGUUGGAGGCCAUUGAGUCAAGAACCCCACCGGUUGCGCAAGCAUCUGCCGCGCCCGCCGCUCCAUUAGAUCUCUCUGAGAUCCAGGACGCCAUUGCCAGCGUCAAGGAGACGAUGUUCCACCUGAGCGAUGUCAAAGAUGUCGUCGAAAACGUGGUCGGAGAGAUCUUCGAGCGAAAGCAGGCUUCCGACCAGGACACCACGGCCUUGUCGCUCAAAGAUGAUGGCGAGCGUUAUGCAAACUUGGUCAAUAUGAUGAACGAAUCGAACUCUCGUCUUCUGGAGGAGAAAGCGGCUCGUUCAAAGCUGGAAGCGCAACAAGCAGAGACACAACGUGCGUUGAAGCUUGCGGAGGAGGAGGUUGUUCUCCUUCGAGCUUCGGCCGAAGACGAUGCGGAUCGCUAUCGGGCUCAUGAUGCUGAGGCCCAACACUUGCGAUCGAAAGUCGCUGCAACCGAAAUCAUGCAUGAUGACUUGAAGGUGGCUUCAUCCGGUCUCAAGCAACAGGUUACUGCGUUAGAAGCCACUCUGGAAGAGUAUCGCACGUCAAGCGCCCAAUGGAGAGACGAAGUCGAUGCACUCCGCGAUGAGAAAGAAGCUCUCCGGAAGACGUUGGAGACGUUUAAGUUCCAGACCGAGGAGGCGAUGCGCAUCCGCGAAAACAUGCGAGACAGACUCAACACCCUGCGGAAGGACAUGACCACUGCCGCCCGCCAAAUGGGCGAUGAGAAGACGAAGUGGCAGCGUAGCGACGAUGAGCACUGCAAGCGCUACGAAGUAUUGAUGGCACGGCUUGGUGCGGAGGCAAGGACGCGGGAGCGACUGGAGGAUGAGCUGGAGCGACUGGAGAAGCAGGAGCGGGAAGGCAUGAAGCUUCGCGUGCUUCUUGAGCAGGCUCAGAACGCAAACGCGAAGCUCGAGGAGACGGUGGACGGGCUGCGUCUGGAGUCCGCAGAGCAUCAGAAGACGGCGGAUCAAUAUGCGAGGGAGUUCCGCGAGGCUCGCGAGGCGGGACGGAACGAGGUCCAGCGGACACGCAUGCUGAUGGAGGCUCAACUGGAUGCCGCGAGCAAUGAAGUCAACAUUGUGCGAGCGGACCUGGAGAGCGAGGUUUCUCGCGUUCGUGCGGAACUUGACCAUGCUAGGAUGGAAGCCGAUACUGCGAAGGAGAAACAUGAACUUGUCUUGGAGGAGGAAGCGGAUACUCGAAGGGACGCUUUGCACGAAGCCACCGUGAAGAUGGACGCGACGUUGCAGGAGCAGACAGCUCGUUAUGAGCAACGAAUUGCCGACUUCCAGCAACAACACCAGCGAUAUCUGCAGAAUGCGCUCGAGGACAAAGAGCGCUCGGAAGCAUUCCUCAACGAGAAGCUUUCUCUCGCCGAUUCAAAGGCCAAUCACCUGCAGGACAAGGUGGUUCUUCUGGAGGAGAGGCUUGAGGUUGCCAAAUCCGCAGCUCAAGCCGCCAUCGAGGCCGCAAAGUCAGCCAAAGCGCCCACUACUGCACCGGUUGAACAAUCCACGACCCCUCGAAUGCCAGAGAAGGUAUCGGCGCAAGCACUUCGGGAAACAAUCCAGGCGCUCCAGGAGCAGCUACAAGAACGCGAGACCCGCAUUGAGACGCUCGACAAGGAGCUUUCCGAAGUCGACCAAGAGGCUCCCGCCAAGCUUAAAGAACGCGAAACCGAAAUCGGCUGGCUCCGUGAACUCCUCGGUGUCCGCGUUGACGACAUCUCCGACCUCAUCAACACCCUGGCCGACCCGACUUUCGAUCGAGAAUCCGUUCGCGACGCCGCCAUCCGCAUCCGGACGAACCUCCAGAUGGAACAGCAAGUGAAGGAGCGGAUCAUGGCGGGUAGUAUGGCUUUCCCCAGCCUCGCCAGUAUCUCCAACUUCGCGACCCCGAAAGCCGCCCAGCUUGCCGCGGCGUUUGGGAAUUGGCGGAAGGGAAGCCAGGCUCGACAGUUCAGUAUCGCCUCGAACGCGUCUACUGCUACGGACUCAACUCCGUCGAAGUCGCUCUCUUCGGCGCAAGGAUUCCUUUCGGGCCUCAUGACACCGCCUGCUUCGAACGUGAGACGAACACCCUCGCCUAAUGGCACGGUGAUCGCGCACAGGCGAGGAAGCGUCCGUCCCGGAUCCUCCGCGUCAGCUGUGGAGCUACGGACACCUCGACAACGCGGUAAGGCGCGCAUGAAUCCGCCCACCACCCCGCCAUUGAUGCGACGUGACUCUUACGACACGGAUGCGCAAGCGAGCAGCUUCCCUUCCGGGCGCUUCGAAGACGACGAUGCAAGCAGCAUUGGCGGGUUCGUGCACGACGAGAAAAGGCAGCCGUUGGACGAGUUCGGGCCAGCCAUGGGUGAAUCGGAAGCAGACGCGGAGACAUACUCGCCGGCGUUCGUCUCGCCCAGACGAACAUCACAUACAGACUGACAUAACGUACCCCAAUUUCCUUUGUUGAAUUGAUAUAUUCGGUUCGGAGUGCAAACGACCCCUCACCGCGAUGAGAGCCCGCACCCUUUUUUCUGCUGGGCUCCGUCUACAUGUAUUUAAUAUUUUGAGAUUCGUUGCGCAUUCUUUUUUUUCUUUCGCUUAAGGUCCCUUUGAGAUCGAGAACGCAUAAUUCUCACACAACUUGAUACCCCGGAGACACAGAUUGACUCCCUUGCCUGAGAAGAGGACACGGAAGAAAGGUGGUUCAUAGAGCUGCACGGGAAAGAAGGGGAGGAAUCAGAAUGCUUACCUAGCUGC